AGUUAUAUUUUCUUUCAAUUUAUAUACUUAAUGUUCAAGUAUUGCAAAUGAUAGGUUUUUACUAUAUAUCAAAAUAAAAAAACUUAAGUGAAAGACCUUUGUCAAUUUAUAGUUGCGUACGUAGUCCAUUUCGGGGCAAGGAAAGCAACAGAAACGAAUUUUUUAAACAACAUAUAAGUGAAUUAGUUUAGUUAAUAGCUUUGAGAAAAAUGAUGAUAAGAAAGCAGCCGAAAGGCUGGCGAACGCCAAAUUUAAGUUAUACACUGAUCUUUAUAUUGGUAUUAUCACAGUUUAUCAUUACGGAGCAAUUUUAUUUGCCGGGACUGGCGCCUGUUAACUAUUGUGUCACAUCGGAUGCAUCCACUAAUUGCAAGUCAAAUAUAACACUUUACGUAAAUCGUCUAAAUACAGAGGAAUCUGUUAUACCUUACGAGUAUCAUCAUUUCGAUUUCUGUAUUGGCAAUGAACAAAAUUCUCCCGUUGAGAACUUAGGUCAGGUAGUUUUUGGCGAACGUAUACGUCCGGGGCCAUAUAAAAUAAAUUUUCUCGAAAAUAUUAGUUGCAAAAUGGUCUGUCGAAAGAAUUACGUGGGUGGUGAUUCAGAUAGCGAUCGUCGUAUGAUGGUAUUAAAGAAGGGCAUCAGUUUAAAUUAUCAACAUCACUGGAUUGUUGACAAUAUGCCGGUUACUUGGUGCUAUCCGUUGGAAAACAAUAAACAAUAUUGUAGUACGGGUUUUCCUAUGGGUUGUUUGGUGCGUAAUGACGGUGAAAAUGGUUGUAUGAUUAAUCCCAGCUAUAAUACACGCGGUUACUAUUAUCCUUUCAAUCACGUCGAUUUAAAGAUCACCUAUCAUAGUGGACAGACAGAAGAGUGGGGUGUCGGUUUUAAAGGGAAUGGCGGUCGCAUAAUAUCGGUGAAAGUGACACCGCGCUCUAUUAAUCAUGUGGAUGCCAAUAAAUUAGACUGUAGCAAUACCGAUCCAUUAGCUAUAAAAGGCGGUGUUUUAUCGCCAACGGAGCAACUUUUGAUAAUAUAUACGUAUAGUGUAGAAUUUGUACGUAACGACGAAGUCAAAUGGUCAUCUCGUUGGGAUUACAUCUUGGAAUCAAUGCCUCACACAAAUAUUCAGUGGUUUUCAAUUUUAAAUUCUUUGGUGAUUGUUUUGUUUCUAUCGGGUAUGGUGGCGAUGAUUAUGUUGCGCACUUUGCAUAAAGAUAUUGCACGUUAUAAUCAAAUGGAAAGCGGGGAAGACGCUCAAGAAGAGUUCGGCUGGAAAUUAGUGCAUGGCGAUGUUUUCCGACCUCCUCGUAAAGGCAUGUUAUUAUCAGUUUUUCUAGGAUCGGGAGUGCAGGUAUCUUGCAUGACUCUGAUCACAUUAGCAUUUGCUUGUUUGGGUUUUCUCUCGCCCGCGAACCGUGGAGCUCUCAUGACAUGUUCAAUGGUCUUGUUCGUGGCUUUAGGCACACCAGCCGGCUAUGUAUCUGCACGUAUCUAUAAAAGUUUCGGAGGCAUCAAAUGGAAAAGCAACGUCAUUUUAACUUCAAUGCUGUGUCCGGGCAUUGUUUUUGGACUUUUCUUCGUCAUGAAUUUGGUGCUGUGGGGCGAAGGCUCCUCUGGUGCAGUGCCUUUCAGUACUUUAAUUGCUUUGUUGGCUUUGUGGUUUGGAGUGUCAGUUCCAUUAACUUUUGUUGGUGCUUACUUUGGAUUUCGUAAACGAGCUUUGGAACAUCCUGUGCGUACGAAUCAAAUUCCCCGUCAAAUACCCGAUCAAUCGAUUUACACUCAACCUAUACCUGGCAUUAUUAUGGGCGGCGUUUUGCCCUUCGGCUGCAUUUUUAUUCAGUUAUUCUUUAUACUUAGCUCGAUAUGGUCGAACCAGAUGUAUUAUAUGUUCGGAUUUUUAUUCUUGGUAUUCCUUAUAUUGGUCAUCACAUGCUCGGAGACUACAAUAUUAUUAUGUUACUUUCAUCUUUGCGCUGAAGAUUAUCAUUGGUGGUGGCGUUCAUUUUUGACUUCGGGUUUUACGGCCGUAUAUUUAUUUAUUUAUUGCUGUCAUUACUUUGUGACGAAACUUUCAAUUAAGGAUGCAGCUUCGACAUUCUUAUACUUUGGAUAUACAUCAAUAAUGGUUUUCUUAUUUUUCCUAUUAACUGGUACAAUUGGUUUCUUUGCUUGUUUCUGGUUUAUAAGAAAAAUUUACAGUGUAGUCAAGGUGGACUAAAUUGGCCCCGCUAGAAGGGUUAAAUAUAAGCAUUAUGAAAACUACAUCAGAGUAUAUGCAUAUAUAUAUUUUAGGAUCAUACAUGUCUAAGUAUUUAGAUCGUUAAGUUCAAGUUGUGAUUUUUCUCAAAAUUUCGACAAA